AGCUCCUCGGCCGCCCUCCCCCAUCACCCGCUGUCACCAGGGUCCAUAAGGACCGACCCGCCGCGCGACAGGAGGAAGGGGCGUGACGCCCCGGGAACUCCCGCGUGACGUCGCAGGACUCCCGGGCGGCCUGGGCGCGCCGCCGCCCUCGGGCCUUCCCGCACUCCGGGGCGGCUCAGGCCGUCCCCUACCGUCCGCCGUCUGCUGAAGGGACGCGACGGAGGGACGGCAUCGGCGAGCUGCUGGCCCUGCGAGGCCGGACGACGUCCGCUUGCCUCCUGGUGCUGGUGUUUCAGCUAUCUAAAAAGAACUUCACACCUGUGUAAUGUUAUAGGAAAGGUGGAAAAACGUUAAGCAAGUAGAGGGCGGAGCCUGUCAAGCAAGAUGAGCAUCUCUGGAAGCAGUUGUGGGAGCCCCAGUUCUGCAGAUGUAGCCAAUGACUUCAAGGAACUUUGGACAAAACUAAAAGAGUAUCAUGAUAAAGAAGUGCAAGGUUUACAAAUAAAAGUGACCAAACUGAAAAAGGAACGAAUUUUAGAUGCACAAAGACUAGAAGAAUUCUUCACCAAAAAUCAGCAGCUGAGAGAGCAGCAGAAAGUCCUACAGGAAACCAUUAAAGUUUUAGAAGAUCGGCUGCGAGCAGGACUGUGUGAUCGCUGUGCAGUAACUGAAGAACACAUGCGGAAAAAGCAGCAGGAGUUUGAAAAUAUCCGACAGCAGAAUCUUAGACUUAUCACAGAGCUGAUGAAUGAAAAGAACAAUCUUCAGGAAGAAAAUAAAAAGCUUUCUGAACAACUGCAGCAGAAAAUUGAAAAUGAUCAACAGGAUCAAGUAGCUGAACUUGAGUGUGAAGAAAAUGUCAUUCCAGAUUCACCAAUAACAGCCUUUUCAUUUUCUGGCAUUAACCGGCUACGAAGAAAGGAGAAUCUCCACGUUCGAUACAUAGAACAAACACACUCUGUAUGUACAAAUGAAUUAAAUGUUUCCAAGGCUUCAGCUCCUGUACCAUAUAACUCUAAGGAAAAUGAAAUUCUAGUAGCUGACACUUGUGAUCAAAGUCAGUUGCCACUGUCAAAAAUACGUGGAACAAACAAUUAUCCCACUGAUAAGUCAUCUUUUAAUUUAGCUACGGCUGUUGCUGAAACACCUUCACUUACCGUUCAAGAAGAAUCUGAACCUCAGGAUCCUAUGAGCCCUCUUGGGGAUGAACCCUACCACUGUCUAGAAGGAGAGCAGAAGAAACAGCCUUUUGAGGAAUCUACAAGAAGUAGUGAAGAUAACUUAAGAUUUUCAGAUUCUACUUCAAAGACUUCUCCCCAAGAAUUGACUACUCGGGCAUCAUCUCCUGUAUUUGGAGCUACGUCUAAUGUGAAAACUCAUUUGAGUUUGAAUACAAGUUUCUCACCUUCUCUUUUAGACACUGGGAAAAAAACCCUGAAAGCAGCUCGUUUUAGCAGUAUUUCUGUUUCUAAAUCAGAGAAAGCUAGAUCAAAAUCUGAAGAUAAUGCCCUUUUCACACAUCAUUGUCUUGGGUCUGAAGUGAACAAAGUCAUUAGCCACUCAUUUCCUAAUAAACAGAUACUUAUAAGUAAAAAUGUAAGUGAAUGCAUAGAUGAACAGGAUAGCACUAAUUUCAUUAAAGAUGCUGUUACUGAUAAACAUAUGGUGCCUCUGAAAUCCCUGGGAGGCAGAGCGUCCAAAAGGAAGAAGACUGAAGAAGAAAGUGAACACAAAAACUGCCCUCAGACCUGUUUUGACAAAGAAAAUACUUUUCCUCUGGAGAAUCAGUUUUCCACAAAUGGAGACCAUGUGAUGGAUAAACCUCUGGAUCUCUCAGAUCGGUUUUCAGCUAUUCAUAGUCAAGAGAAAAGCCAAGGAAAUGAAGCCUCUAAAAACAAACUUAAGCAAGUGACUAUUUAUGAGGCUUUGAAGCCCAUUCCAAAGGGCUCCUCCUCAAGCCGUAAAGCCUUGAGUGGGAGCUGCAUGUUAGUCAGAGAUUCCCCGGAGGAAUCCUGUUUACAGGAGCGUAUCCACCAGUCCUCUAGUAAAUUCUCUCCAGACCAUAAAACACCACUACAAAUAAAAGAAGAGAAUCCUGUCUUCAAAAUCCCUCUAUGUCCACAUGAAAGUUUGGAGACAGAGAAUCUUUUUGAUGACCUGAAGGCUGCUAGUUCUCUGGCGCCAAUAAGAGUAAAAAACAGAUCAGUCCAUGGAGGAUGUGAGCUCGCAUCAGUUCUUCAGUUAAAUCCCUGUAGAAUUGCUAAAACGAAGUCUCUGCAAAACAACCCAGAUGUAUCCUUUGAAAAUAUCCAGUGGAGUAUAGAUCCAGGAGCAGACCUUUCUCAGUAUAAAAUGGAUGUGACUGUAAUAGAUACAAAGGACAGCAGUCAGUCACAAUUAGGAGGAGAGACCGUGGACAUGGACUGUACAUUGGUCAGUGAGACCAUGCUUUUAAAAAUGAAGAAGCAAGAGCAAAAGGAAAAUAGUCCAAAUGGAGAAAGAAAAAUGAAUGAUAGCUUGGAAGAUAUGUUUGAUCGGACAAUGCAUGAAGAAUAUGAAUCCUGUUUGGCAGAUAGUUUCCCCCAGGUACCAGAUGAGGACUUAGCUCCUGCCUCCAAGGAACCAAACAUACAUGGUGAUAAACAAGAUAAGGUCAAACAGAAAGCAUUUGUGGAGCCCUAUUUUAAAGACAAAGAGAGUCUAAAAGAAAAACAAAAAAAGAUUUUGAGACAGGAAAGUCACCAUGUAACUCUGGCUGUCCUAGAACCCACAUACGUAGACAAGACUGACUUCAAACUUACAGAGAUCUACCUAGAUGCUAGCAUACAAAAUUUUCCUCAUAUUGAGGUGAUUCGGAAAAAAGAAGAGAGAAGAAAAUUGCUUGGGCACACAUGUAAGGAAUGCGAAAUUUAUUAUGCAGAUAUGCCAGCAGAAGAAAGAGAAAAGAAACUGGCUUCCUGCUCACGACAUCGAUUUCGCUACAUUCCACCCAGCACACCGGAGAAUUUCUGGGAAGUUGGUUUUCCUUCCACUCAAACAUGUAUGGAAAGGGGUUACAUUAAGGAAGAUCUUGAUCUUUGCCCUCGUCCAAAAAGACGGCAGCCUUACAAUGUAAUGUUUUCUCCAAAAGGCAAGGAACAGAAGACUUAGAUGCUGAAGGAAAAGGAGAAGAUGGCUUUGUUUUUCCAUUUUAGUUAUUUAUAGUUAAAGUUGGUAAUAAACAUUGAUUUUUUUGAUCUUCUGUAAA